AACAGUGACCAUGCAUCCUUCUCUUGUUCGACGACAGCUCGGCGGGCUUGUCCCCCCUAAAAUUGCGACUCCUUCAAUCUUGUCUUCCGGUCAGGGAGCAGGAUUGUCGCCGCUCGUCAACUUUUACUCAAAGUUGCCCAAGGGCCCAGCACCGAGCUCUGCCAUUAGCGGACUCAAGGCGAGAUAUUUCAAUGGCAAGAACGCCUCGGGCAAACCACUGCUCGCGACGAUCUUUGGCAUUUUCCUCCUCGGAUACACCAUUGAUUACCAGAUGCACUUGAAGCACCACAAGAACCACCCUCACUAAACCCGGCAAGCGGUUGGAACGUUAUGGGGAUCGUAUACAUUCGAUGUGCCUUAGACAGUUGAAACGAACACUCUUUUGCCUCAUUGGCC